AUGCCACGCGUUUUUGUAUCGAACGUUGACAGUGCCCUCGGGCACAACAUUAGCCGCCUCUUCAGCGUAACGGCCGUUGGGUCCCGGAAGGAGGAGGAAAACAACGAAGAGGAGCUGCCCGAAGAUAUCGAGGACCCAGACAAGCCCAAAGUAACCGAGGAGAAGCAGAAAGAGACCUACUCGGUCGUCGGCACAUUCAGUCCGCGAGUUCGGACCAUCGACAACGACCCGCUGAGCGAUCCGGCCCCGGUCGUGACGGGGCAUAUGUUCGAGACCGGGGACAAGAAGCGAGACGAGAUGCGGAGGCUGGCCAUUGAAAAGUUUGCGAUCAUAGGCAAGAAACCCAAGUGGGUUCAGGAGACUGUCGGGGAAACACAAGAGUCAUUGCAGGAAGCGCUGCUCUCUUCCGAUAUCAUUGUCUACGACUUGAUCACGUCGUGUGAAGAAGCCACAUGGGCCAUCGAGAUGCUUUCGGAACAGUCCGAGUCGUUCACGAAGCCCAAGAUCUUCAUCGCAGUGUCCUCCAUCAUGACUUGGGGAAAGACAAAGAUGGAUCACGAUGACCCUGAAGCUUUCCUGGCUGAGGACGAAUACCGCCGAAGAAAGGCGCAUCCCAAUUUCAAACUGCAUAUCGCGGCCGAAAAAUCCAUCAUCAAAUUCGGCAAGAAAUCCAACCUCAAGACAUACGUGCUUGCCUCUGGUCUGGUGUACCAUUCAGGAGACAGCAUCUUCCACUAUCUCUUGAAGGCUGGGUGGCACAACGAGGAGAAGCUGAUAUGUUACGGCGAGGGAAACAAUAUUCUGCCCACCAUCCAUCUGGACGACCUAUGCAACAUCGUUGUCGAGGUGGCCGACACCCAGCCUGAGAACAAGUAUAUGCUUGCCAUUGACGACUCGAAGCACUCACUCUAUGAGAUCACUAAGGCCAUCAGCGAGGCACUGACGACCGGCAAAGUCAAGAAGGUUCCAAAGGAGCAUGCAUUUCUGUACCACGGGCUAACUCAGUCCGAUUACGACAUGCUGCUCGUCAACUUGAGGCUGGAACCUGGACAUGUCAAGGACAUGUCGUUUGAAUGGAAAUAUGAGUCGGGUCUGGUCGAGAAUCUGCCACAGCUUCUGCAGGAAUAUAAGGAUGCCCGCGGUCUUUCUCCGCUCAAGAUUGUCCUCCACGGACCCCCGGCCUCCCGCAAAACCUUCUUCGCCAAGAAGAUUGCCGAACACUACGAAAUCCACCUGAUUGAAGUUGAAAAGACCGUCCAGGCGGCGAUUGAUCGACUGGAGAGUCGGGUCAACGGCUCGACCAACGCAGACGAGCAGGAAGACGAUACCGAGGCUGACAAGGAGCUGCUGGAAGAGCUCAAGGAAGCAGCCAAGGCCAACAACGGCCGUUAUCCCGAGGAGCACAUCAUCAACUUCAUUCGGGAGAAGCUGCGAUCGAUGCCCUGUCGCAACCAAGGCUAUAUUCUCGACGGUUUCCCAAACACCCUUGAAGAAGCCACACAGCUCUUCCGUCCUGCCCCUGAGGACGAGGGCAAGGACGACAAGGGCAAUCCAAACGUUGACGAUCUCACCAUACCCGAGUUUGUGCUGACGCUGGAGUGCUCGGACGAAUACAUCAAAGAGAACGUCAUGGCCCUGCCCGAGUCCGCAAUCGCCGGAACCAAGAACGCCGAGGAGGCCCUUGUCCGACGACUGGAGGAGUUCCGGGCCAUGAACACCGAUGAAAACACCGUUUUAAACUAUUUCGACGAGCUCGAGAUCCACCCGAUCCCGAUUGCCGUCGAGAACGUGGCCCCCGAGGACGUGAUGGGCACGAUCAUCAAGCACAUUGGCAAGCCCCAUAACUACGGACCAACUCCGGAGCAGCUCGCAGAGAAGAGGCGGCUGGCCGAGGAGGCCAAGAUCCGCGAAGCUGCCCUCGCCGAAGAGGAGCGUCAGAAGCGCGAGAAAGAAGAAGCCGAGCGACACGCCAAGGCCGUCGCCGAAUGGAAUGCCCGCAUGGAAGAAGUGCGAAAACAAGAACAAGACGUCCUCGAGGCACAGUCGGUGCCGCUGCGCAACUACCUCAUGAAAUUCGUCAUGCCGACCCUCACCUCGGGGCUCAUUGAAGUCUGCAAGAUCCGGCCAGAGGACCCGAUCGACUAUUUGGCCGAGUAUCUUUUCCGGAACAAUCCAGAGAAUUCGUCGUAGGUGACAGGAGCAUCCCGCGGAUGAGAUGCCCAUCGGACACAAUGCCAAAGGGCAUUGGUUUGAAAACAGGGUGCCCCGAUGGACUGAAUGGUCGAAUCGAGCUCGCGGCCGCCCUGUCUCUGGCUGUUGAAUAUAUGUGUGCAUCCAACAUGCUGCAAACAGG